CACAACCACACACAAGAUUACGAUUGCCGUUCUUCCGACGAUCGGCCACGUCAUUCGCCCAAUCCAAACUCGCCAAAAAUUCUCAGGUCGUACACUUCACUUACCAAGUCGCAAUCGCCGCGUCAGUCGUUUCUAAAGCGGUAGAAAUGGAGGAGCACGUCGUGGAGCGGAUUCGUCAGCGCGUGCUGUUGGAGGUAUUCAACCUGGAUCCCGUGGCUACACCCGCGCCCUCUCGAGCCGAGUGGCCGCUGUGGACCGAGCAGGACAAGCAGAACGUCAAACUACGCGUGCUGAGUCUCAACGCUUGGGGCCUCCCAGUUGCCCCCAAAUGCACGGAGCGCGCUGCAGAGAUCGCCAGCGCCAUCUCCAGUGACUUUGAUCUCGUUGUACUGCAAGAAAUUUGGCACAUUCGCGAGCGGAACCUGGUCAUUUCUAAAGCCCAAAAGAGCGGCUUCCACUACUACCACUACUUCAAUCCAGCCGUAGGCUUCCCGUUCCCGAUGGGAGCCGACUCAUUCGGCACAGGACUACUGAUACUGUCCAAGUUCCCCAUCUCUAAUGCGCUGUAUCACUCGUUCAGUCUCAGUGGACGUCCGUACGCCCUGCACGAGUCAGACUUUGUGGCCAAUAAAGGAGUGGGUUUACUGCGGGUUGAGACUCCUGCUGGGCAGAUCGACGUGUACGUGACGCAUCUAUUGGCCAACUACAACGUCGGAGGCAAACCCGGCCCAGGAGAUUUCUAUCGAGGCCACCGAACAGGCCAGAGCUACGAACUCACGCAGUUCAUCUCGGCUACCAAUAGAAACAGCCUAACGAUCGUCUGCGGAGACUUCAACUCGUCUCCGGAUUGUCUGGAGCUUAAAAUUCCCAAGCAAUUACUGAGCCUGAGAGACGCGUAUACAGACACGAACGAUGAAGACGGACUGACGUUCGCGUCGCCGGAUAACAAAUACUCGCACGGAGAGCACCCUAUGCGUAUGGACUAUGUCAUGUACAAGAUCGAUAAACGUCCUAAGGGUCAGUCGGACUGGCAUUUGGUGGAGAGCAGCAUCUUUAAAGGCUUUUUCACCGAUGCAAAAGGCGAAAAAACUCCCUUAUCGGACCAUUUUGGCGUUAAAGCAGAGUUCGUGUUCAGCGAGCCUCGACCACAUAUGUGUGAGCAGCAAGAGGGAUACGCUGUCGUGUCUAAUGGGACGGAACGCUCUUGUCCAACCACAACGUGCGCACACUGCGACGAGAACGGGUUGGAGCCGAGCGACGAGGAUAAAGCGGCCGCGGACGCUGUGUGUCUUCAGGAGGUGCAGGAAAUGCUCUUUAUCGGUCGUAAUGAGGCCGUUGCAGCUCGUCACCUUCGACUCUGGCGUGCGGUGGCGUUCUUCGUGGCAGCUUUGGCCGUGUUUGUGACUCACAUGAUGUUGAUCGUCGUGUCCAGGUGGUCCUGGGUCGCUGUGCUGCUCUUUGGAAUGAUCAGCGUGACCGAGUAUGUCCUGACCUUCUUCUUCCUCACUUUUGAGUGCUCGACGUUCACAGAACUGAUCAACCAAGUGCAGCUACACCUUCACUUGCACACGCAUCAGAUCAAAGGGAUGAUCAAGGCGAAAGCGGAAAGGUGAAGAUAGUUUGGCCGCGACCGCGUGGUUUGUGUACAACAUAGACGCAGGUGUGGACGAACAAUGAAAUGAAAAACUGAAGAAACAUAAAAGUUCUUGAGGCGGGCGUCAUGUUUCAUUGAAGAAAUUAUUGAUUAAAGCACUUCAACGUGUGUACAACACUCGGGCUGACCUGAUCACCUAAAAGCUGCCUUCGAUGAAGUCGUGGCCAUAGGGUGACCACAUCGCUCUGGUUGCGGCAUGAAUUCGAGCGUACUACGAACACGAUUUUCAUGCACACCUAUCAAAAGAGGGACACGGAUGCAGUGACUGCAGCCCAGACGUGGAAUAGUUUCGUGGCUCGUGAACGGCUGGACGUACAGCAAUCGCGCUCCAAUUUCCAACAUCGCGGCAUCGCACUCGUCGACGCGUGACGACGGACCUAAAACUGUAGCCGGAUUGAUAAUCAAGGGCUAAGACAUUUGUGCCGGGCUAUGCGUCCACAUGACAAAGGCGUCAAGGAAAUUGACAUGUUUGCCAGCGGAGGAAAUUCCAGCACGUUAGGGCAUCUGCCGCCGACAUAAGAAACCAUUCGCUAUUCAACGCAUUACUCGUGGCUAUUAACACGGACUAAUGCACCAUAUUGGAUACAAAAUCCGCAUCUAUCGAUGAGGUUCAUGUUCCAUGGCUUUACAGGGCAGUACUUGUAGUAAAUUGUCGACCAGGGUCGAAGCCAAAGGAG